AUGGGUGGAUUAGGAGGUGGUGCUAUGGGUGGAUUAGGAGGUGGUGCUAUGGCUGGUAUGAACGGAGGCGCAAUGGGUGGUAUGAACGGAGGUGCAAUGGGUGGAUUAGGAGGUGGUGCUAUAGGUGGUAUGACCGGAGGUGCAAUGGGUGGAUUAGGAGGUGGUGCAAUGGGUGGCAUCGGUGGAAGUGCAAUGGCUGGCAUGGGAGGUAGACCAAUGAGUGGCUUAGGAGGUGCAACAAUGGGUGGCUUUGGAGGGGGUGCAAUGGGUGGCUUUGGAGGGGGUGCAAUGGGUGGCUUUGGAGGGGGUGCAAUGGGUGGCUUGGGAGGAGGUGCAAUGGGUGGCAUGGGCGCUGCUUCUCCAUUUGGCAUGGACUCGGGAUUCCAAAGUGCAGGUGUUGGAUUGGCAUCUGGACUUUCAAACGGUCCUUCAAGUUCGUGGAGCUCCAGUACAAGCGGACUCGGAUCUAGCCAAACCGGAUGGGGAUCUAGUCAAGGCGGAUGGGGAUCUAGUCAAAGCGGAUGGGGAUCUAGUCAAAGCGGGUGGGGAUCCAGCCAGGCCAGUUCAUCUUCCUCAGGAUGGUCACCUGUGUCCAGUUCAAGUUCCACGGGAAGCUCUGGUACAGCUGGAUUUGGUGCAGCAGGAUUUGGUGCCGGUAGAAUCCCUUUCCCAAGCACAGGUUUCGGGGCUCGUCUGCCAUUAACUGGGCUCACGGGCGGCGCUGCUGGUUUGGGAUGGGGAUUCAACCCACUGCAAGGAAUCCAGAAUACUACAAUGACCUGUGCCUUCACCGCUACCGGCUUCACUGGAUCAGUCACGCUGAGGAGAUCAGCGUGGGGGAUGGUGAGAAGGGGUGUGUCAGGGUCCUUGAAUCUCAGGUCAACGACAGCAACUGGAACAUACAACGUCGUCGUGACAGAGAGGUCCCGCACAGAGGCUGGCUGCACCUCUGAUGGUCUUGGUCCAGUCAUUGCCGGGAACCAAAGAUGGAACUUGUGGUCAAUGGGCAUGGGUUCCCAGAACCCCGGCGUCCUUGCUACCGUCACCCUCUCGGCCAACCAGCAGAACAACGUCAACCUUGCCAACCUACCAUUAAACAACCUUGAGCUCUACGGUGGACGUGGCCUGGCGAUUUGUUCAACUUUGACAACAGGUGUUGAUGGCAGGCAAGUUUGUUCCGAUCCUAUCGCUGCCUGUUGUAAGCUGGGUUUCGACAACCAGGAGGCGGUUACUCCUUAA